GGCUUGUUUCUCCUACUUCAAGUCCUAGCGUGUAGGCUUCUUCUUUUUUUUUAAGUGAUAGGUUUCUUAUUCUUAUUAUUUAUUGAAUAAGAUCAUGUUUUCUGUUAGGAGCGCGCCUCAGUAAAAAUAAAAUGGCAAGGAGCUUGACGCGAUUGUCGAGAGUGAGUGCGCGUCAAAAACUUGACUGUGCGGUAUGCGCGCGCUCGCUACUCACAAGAAUGCGUGUCUGCUCGGCUUCUUUCUCUCAACCCUUUAGAUGAGAAAGGGAUAGGGAGAAGGGGAAGAGGCUGUUGAGGUAAAUAAAUUAGCUUCAAACCCACAGAAAGCAGCCACGGUCGGAAGGUUUUGGAUUGGCAAAAGGGCAGAGCAGAGACUAGAAUCAAUUACAACCGAGUCAAUCCCGUUACAACGGGCAGCGUUAUAAUAAUACCAAGGUCAAAACACUGAAGGAGCGCACAAACCCACGUCAUUUAACGUUUUAGACUGGGUACUGAAUUCGGAGACGGGGACAUCACCACCACCAGCAGCAGCUGAAGAUGGAGGGGGUGAUGCAGGGGAUGCAAGCGUACGGUGCGGGGAAGGCUGGAGGAGCCUUCGACCCAUUGACGUUCUUUCAACAGCCUCAAACGAUCCUUCGGCUUGUGUGCUGGCUCUUCUCCAUCGUGAUCUUUGGCUGUAUAGCCAACGAGGGCUAUGUGAACCGGCCUGACGAGAUUGAGGAGUUCUGCAUCUUCAACAGGAACCAGAAUGCCUGUAACUACGCAGUGGGGAUGGGAACCCUGGCUUUCCUAAGCUGUGCUGCCUUCCUGGUCCUGGACGUCUACUUCCCCCAGAUCAGCAGCGUCAAGGACCGCAAGAAGGCUGUGCUUGCUGACAUUGGAGUGUCUGCAUUCUGGUCGUUUGUCUGGUUUGUGGGGUUCUGUUUCCUGGCCAACCAGUGGCAGGUUGCCAAGGAGGAGGACAACCCUCUAAGGGAGGGUGCGGACGCAGCCCGAGCCGCCAUUACCUUUGCCUUCUUCUCCAUCUUCACCUGGGCGGUGCAGGCCUUCCUGGGCUUUCAGAAGUACAAGCUGGGGGCUGACUCGGCCCUCUUCUCCCAGGAGUAUGUUGACCCCACCGCCGACCCCAACGCCGCGUCCCCCAUGGGCACUGACUACACGAGCUACGCCGCCGACAUUGACCCCGCGGCCAGCACAGAGCCAGCCUUCGACGGUUCCGCUGGCUACCAGGGCCAGGAGUACUGAGCCAGAGGGCAAAUGGAGGAAGAGAAGGGCCAGGAAUGGGCUUACUCAGCAUCAGGGGUGUUUUUAAGGGGAUAUUUUUGUGGUUUAUGGGGACAUGGGGUGUCUUAAAAGUAGCCAAGUCCCAGAUCUGUUUGUGUUAGCGGUGAUGAUGAAAUACAGGGCCUUCAGAAAGUAUUCAAACCCUUUGACUUUUUCCACAUUUUGUUGUGUUACAGCCUGAAUUUCAAAUGGAUACAAUUUAGAUUUUGUGUCAGUGGCCUACACAAGAUAGCCCAUAAUGUCAAAGUGGAAUUAUGUUUUUAGAAAUGUUUACAUAUUUAUAAAAAAAAAAUGAAAAUCUGAAAUGAGUAUUCAACCCUAUUUUUUUUAAUGUCAAGCUUAAAUAAGUUCAGGAGUAAAAAUGUGCUUAGUUUGAGCAUGGUGAAGUUAUUAAUUGGGUGUAUUGAUACAUGCAACGCCUAGUCACUACAAAGAUACAGGCAUCCUAACUAACUCAAGGAAACCGCUCAGACAUUUCACCACGAGGCCAAUGGUGACUAAAACAUUUACAGAGUUUAAUGGCUGUGAUAGGGGAAAACUGAGAAUGGAUCAACAACAUUGUAGGCACUCCACAAUACUAACCUAAAUGAUAAAGUGAACAGAAGGAGGAGGCAUGUAAAGAAAAAAAAUAUUCCUGUUUGCAAUAAGGCACUAAAGUAAAACGGCAAAAAAUGUGGCAAAGAAAUUAACUUUAUGUCCUGUAUACAAAGUGUUAUGUUUGGGGAAAAUCCAACACAAAACAUCACUGACCACUGCAUUUUUCAUAUUUUCAAGCACGGUGGUGUCUGCAUCAUGUUAUGGGUAUGCAUGUCAUCGGCAAAACUAGGGACUUUUUUAGGAAAAAAUAAAUGGAAUAGACGGCACGGGCAAAAUAUUAGAGAAGAACCUGGUUCAGUCUGCCCGAAAAUCUAUGGCAAGACUUGAAAAGGCUGUCUAGCAAUGAUCAACAACCAACUGGACAGAGCUUGAAGAAUUUAAAAAAGAAUAAUGUGCAAAUAUUGUACAAUUCAGGCGUGCAAAGCUCUUAAAGACCUCCCCAGAAAGACUCAUAGCUGUAAUCGCUGCCACAGGAGAUUCUAACAUGUAUUGACUCAGGGGUGUGAAUACUUAUGUCAAUUAAAUAUUUCUGUAUUUUAUUUUCAAUACAUUUGCAAAAAAAAAGAAAAAACAUGUUUUCACUUUGUCAUUAUGAAGUAUUGUGUGUAGAUAAAAUACAUUUAAUCAAUUUUGAAUUCAGGCCGUUCACAACAAUAUGUGGAAUAAUUUGAGGGCUUUGAAUACUUUCUGAAUGCACUGUAGGAUUUGGCAAGAUAGCACUAACAGAUCUGAGACUUGAAUACCUGACAGGGACUUUGGGUGGCUAACAGGGUGGGACAGGACCAAGGGUUGGCAAUCACUGUGUGUGUGAGUCUGAGAGUGCUACAACAUUGCUGGGAAGGUGGAGGCAGGGUAUGGGGGAGAGCGAGAGUCUUCUCAGAGACCAUGGUCGGUGUGUGUGUCGGUGUCCGGAAGCGGUUUGCAUUUAGUGUGGGGGGUGCAGUGUUGGUUGGCCACCUCCAUGGGAUCAGACAGAGUUCUAACCAGAAGAGGGUUAUUCUCUGCAGCCUUAAUUCACUUAUGUGUGUCCCAGUUGUCCACCCUUAUCCAAAAAGUGUGCACUUGCAUACUCCCCAUCAUGGAUAAAAUGGGAUUGGUGUAAGCAUUGGCUGGAAGGAGUUUCCACCAACCCUUGAUGGGGGAGUGUGCAAGUGCACACUUUGGGAGAAAGGUGUGGAGUCGGGAUACAGUCUUGGAACUCGUACACACCUAUAAUAGCACAUAUAACAACACAAAUUAAAGAAGGAACGUUAGGAAUGCAAUUGGUGUGCAAAACUACUUUCUGGCAAACAAAGGGACUAGAUGAUGAUGUAGGUGAUGUAGGUGACUACCUGAUGAUGUAGGUGAUGAGACCUGAACAACACAAGUCCUACGAAACACCACUGUGUUUUGUGGGCCUCAACACUAUAGCCUGGUCAUUGCACAAUGACCUAGGACCUGCUUGCCAUCCCUUUUCUGCCAGUUUAGCUUUCUUUGUUUGGCAAAUGUAAAAGGGCACUGUUUGGUGUCUACUCUUGGCCAUAUCUAUGCCAAAUUAACACCCAAGCCAAACCCACUGUUAACGGUGCUAAAUCUCAAGGGUUAUCCCAUCAUACAGGCCAAAGGACAGGGUAUGACAUACAGGAACCGAACAACUAACGGUAAAGCACAACUAUAGACACGCCACAUGAACACAAAUUGAGCGGUUGCAGAUGUGCUGCGUCAUCACCAGCGCAAACUCAGAUAUUGUCCUCAACUGUUCACGGCAGAAAAUUCUCGAACUAGAUAAAUCCGUAAACAUUUCAUCAAAUUCUUAGGCAUUCCAUCAGCAGGCACCAAAUUCUAUAAUUAUGACGUGUAAGCACUUAAUAAAGAAGACCAGUGUACAUAAACAACUUAAAAGCCAAGUCUUUUUCCGCCAAUAACCAACCCCCAUGCACCAACGUUGACUGCCAACCAAAAUGUGACCAACACUGGCUUGACACUAGUAACUGACAUUGUGUAUGUCCUUAAAAUCAAAGCGAAGAGUGUCAAUUGCAUACUCCUGUCCUCUCUCCUAUCGUCCUCAAAAUCUAUUGUAGUCAGAGGUGUGGGAUCUCUGUUUUUUUUCAUCCAGUGGCUUAAAGCGAAGGAGGUGAUGAGAGAGGACGCGAGGAGUAUGCAAUUGAGAUUCUCCCAAAGUGAGCUCGGAAGCCUCUCAUUUGACUAGAAUUCCAGCAGUUGAUUUCAGACGUGUUAUCUCUUCUUUCAUGCCAACAGCUGAAGACCUUAGUGAUUUCUGUUUCCAAAUGUUUGUAAUGAUCCAUGUAUGUGUAACUGAGUGGGGGGUUUUUUCAAGGCAAAACUUGCUCAAGAAUUGUAUAUAUAUUCUGCAAUUUUUUGUAUAUAUUCAGUACCAGUCGAAAGUUUGGACACACCUACUCAUUCAAGGGUUUUUAUUUAGUUUUACUAUUUUCUACAUUGUAGAAUAAUAGCGAAGACAUCAAAACUAUAAAAUAACACAUGGAAUCACGUAGCAAGCAAAAAAGUGUUAAACAAAUCAAAAUAUAUGUUCUAUUUGAGAUUCUUCAAAGUAGCCACCUUUUGCCUUGAUGACAGCUUUGCACACUCAUGGCAUUCGCUCAACCAGCUUCAUGAGGUAGUUACCUGGAAUGCUUUUCCAACAGUCUUAAAGGAGUUCCCACAUAUGCUGAGCACUCGUGGCUGCUUUUCCUUCACUCUGCGGUCCAACUCGACCCAAACCAUCUGAAUUGGGUUGAGGUCGGGUGAUUGUGGAGGCCAGGUCAUCUGAUGCAGCACUCCAUCACUCUCCUUCUUGAUCAAAUAGCCCUUACACAGCCUGGAGUUUGUUGGGUCAUUUUUCUCUUGAAAAACAAAUGAUAGUCCCACUAAGCGGGAUGGGGUUUUGCUGCAGAAAGCUGUGGUAGCCAUGCUGGUUAAGUGUGCCUUGAAUCCUAAAUAAAUCAUCGACAGUGUCAAAGAAACCCCUCACCAUCACACCUCCUCCUCAAUGCUUCACGGUGGGAACCACACAUGCGGAGAUCAUCCGUUCACCUACUACGCGUCUCACAAAUACGCGGCGGUUGGAACCAGAAAUCUCAAAUUUGGACUUAUCAGACCAAAGGACAGAUUUCCACCGGUCUAAUGUCCAUUGCUUGUGUUUCUUGGCCCAAAAGUCUCUUCUUAUUAUUGGUGUCUUUUAAUAGUGGUUUCUUUGCAGCAAAUCGACCAUGUAUGCCUGAUUCACACAGUCUCCUCUGAACAGUUGAUGUUGAGAUAUGUCUGUUACUUGAACUCUUUGAAGCAUUUAUUUGGGCUGCAAUUUCUGAGGCUGGUAACUCUAAUGAACGUAUCCUCUGCAGCAGAGGUAACCCUGGGUCUUCCUUUCCUGUGGCGGUCUUCACGAGAGCCAGUUCAUCAUAGCGCUUGAUGGUUUUUACGACUGCACUUGAAGGAACUUUCAAAGUUCUUGAAAUGUUCCUGGGUUGACUGACCUUCACGUUUUAAAGUAAUGAUGGACUGUCGUUUCUCUUUGCUUAUUUGAGCUGUUCUUGCCAUAAUAUGGAAUAUCUUCUGUAUAUCACCCCUACCUUGUCACAACACAACUGAUUGGCUCAAACACAUUAAGAAGGGAAGAAAUUCCCCAAAUUAACUUUUAACAAGUCACACCUGUCAAUUGAAAUGCAUUCCAGGUGACUACCUCGUGAAGCUGGUUGAGAGAAUGCCAAGUGUGUGCAACGCUGUCAUCAAGACAAAGGUUGGCUACUUUGAAAAAUCUAGUUUGUUUAACACUUUUUUGGUUACUACAUGACUGUUUUAUUUCGUAGAUUCGAUGUCUUCACUAUUAUUCAACAAUGUAGACAAUAGUACAAAUAAAGAAAAACCCUUGAAUGAGUAGGUGUGUCCAAACUUUUGACUGGUGCUGUAUAUACUACAGAUAUUAUUUUAAAAAACAGGAUGUUUUUAUUUUGUGGCACACAUAACAAAUGUGUAAUUAUGAACAACAUGUAAUUAUAUAUGUAUGAAAUAACAUUUUUACUACAUUAUUAUUAACCAGAUAUUACUAUGUUAUAAACAAAGAUAAUAUAUUGUACCUAUUGUUAAAAUAGCAUAUGUCUAUAUGUGUUAAUGCAUUUAAAGUGUGUGUGUGUGUUUCAAAAGAACUGACAUCUUCGGCUUUCAUUAUGUGAGGUACGGCCAUGUUUUCUGAUCAGGAAACAUUGACUUUGUCGUGUUUUACUGUUGCAAACCUUUUCUGGGGCGAAACAUUUAGGGAACACUUUAUUUGGAUAGUCCCAAGUAGAUGGGUUGUAGAUGGUCAGUCCAUGUUCAAUAACUAACAAAAACAUUUCAACUAACUAUCCACUAACCCUAACCUUAACCCUUAUCCUAACACUAAACUUAAACCUUAACCUAGCCCUAACCUUAACCCUUACCCUAACCCUUAUUCUAGACCUAACCAUAAACGUAACCUUAGCAGACAUUUGCUUAUCAACAGCUACUUAGUUAAUACUAUCACCAUCUGUAGUUCAUCUAUAUGGGACUAUACAAAUAAAGUGUGACCAACAAUUAUAAAGAAAAACUGGGAUAACGGGACAAAACUACCAAUUGUAUAGACAUUGUGUAAGAAUUAUUUGGUCUCUGUGUGCUACUACAGAGUUGAAAAAAUAUAGAGUUGUAAAUGCUUUUGAUGUGAUGAUUUUUGAUUAAAUUAAUCAGUUAAGUAAUUAAGGAUACAUAAUUAUUAGCUGUUUGUUGCUUGUUUGUGAAAGAUCUAAUGUCGAUGUGGGGGACUUUGUCGGGAGACGAUCAAUAAAGGAAAAGCUGUGGUAUGGUUGAA